AGAGGCUGCUCUCUGGUUUGUCCUCGUCAUCUUGUACAGUGACCAUGCCCGACGGUUCAUUUCCUCGAACCGAGGUGAAGAUUAAAGAUACCUUUGAUACCAUCCAACGGGAAAAGAACUUCAAGAAUCCGCCUCAAAAGGGUCACUCAGUACCCAUCCUCAACGAAUUCGUUACUCCUCACCUCGAAUCUUUCAACGCACUUUUCGACGACUCUGGUCUCCCUGCUGGAGAUGGAGAUGGUCGCGGUCUCCUAUCCCUAGGUCUCAAGGACAUUGGCGAGCGUGUCGUGUUUGAUGGUAGAGGUGAGAUCGGGAGUGUAAGCGGGCAGAGAGGAUGGGGAAACCGCCUAUCCUUUUGGUAUGAGUCGGUCUCUGUAGCUCGACCUAUGGUUCCUGAGAAAGACCAGCAGGCCCGAGAGCGGAGAGUAUUCCCAUCUGAAGCCCGCGAACGUCUGACAUCGUACAGAGGUCGAAUGUCAGUCAAAUUAUGUUGGCGGCUUAAUGACAACCCAAUAGAGAGCGAGACACGAGACUGUGGUCUUCUCCCUAUUAUGGUUCGAUCUGUUCGCUGUAAUCUGCGAGGCAUGUCCUCAGCCGAACUUGUCAAACAUCACGAAGAACCAGAAGAGUUCGGUGGUUACUUCGUCAUCAAUGGCAACGAACGUCUCAUCCGAUACCUCAUUCUUCCACGGCGAAACCAUGUCAUUGCCCUCAACCGACCGUCAUUCACAAACCGAGGUCCUUCCUACACUCCUCACGCUGUCCAAAUACGAUGUGUCCGUUCUGACCAAACUGCUGUCACAAACACCCUCCACUACCUCUCCAACGGAAAUGCUAUGUUUCGCUUUAGCUGGCGCAAACAAGAAUAUGUCAUCCCAAUAAUGCUUAUCUUGAAAGCACUUGUCGGGGCUUCUGACAAGGAGAUCUUUGAGGGUAUCAUUAUGCAAGACUACGAAAAUACGUUCAUGACUGAUCGGGUUGAGUUGCUUCUGCGAAGUUUCAAGAUGUAUAGUUUGUGCACUGGUGACCAGUGCUUGGAAUACCUCGGUAACAAGUUCCGCGUUGUGUUGAACAUGCCUGAGGAUUGGACGAAUAAAGCUCUCGGUGUUUGGAUUAUCCAGAAGCUUGUAUUGGUUCAUCUGGAGACGCCUAGAGAUAAAUUCCGCAUGCUUCUUUUCAUGUUGCAGAAGCUUUUUUCGGUGGUUUCCAAAUCAUGCACUGUUGACAACCCAGAUUCUCCUCAACAUCAAGAGGUUCUCCUACCCGGAAGUCUGUACGGCAUGAUUCUCAAGGAGCGACUGGAGGAGGCGCUCACUUCGAUACAACGUACCAUUGCUAUAGAUGUUUCUCGAGGCGAGGGCAGCGUGGACUUCUUCGAUAAGCGAUACAUCAAGAAGGUCAUCGCCCGAACCAGCUAUGACAUUGGUGCAAAGAUGGCCAACUUCCUUGCUACUGGAAACCUGGUGUCACCUACCGGUCUAGAUCUCCAGCAAGCGUCUGGCUUCACCAUUGUCGCUGAGAAGCUUAACUGGAUGCGAUACAUUAGUCACUUCAGAUCUAUCCAUCGAGGUGCUUUCUUCGCUGAGUUGAAGACCACAACUGUCCGUAAACUGCUACCAGAAGCAUGGGGUUUCCUAUGUCCGGUGCAUACGCCUGAUGGCACUCCUUGUGGUCUCCUAAAUCAUCUUUCUCGAACAUGUCGCAUUGUCACCGCUCCUCUAGCGGUCGCCCACAUCCCUGCCCUCCUCGCUGCUCAUGGUAUGACCCAAGCCUUCAGUCCCUACAUCGACGGACGACGAAACCUUUGCGUUCAAUUGGACGGUCGAGUCAUUGGCUGGGCUCCACCACAGACCCUCAAACAACUCGCUAGUAAUCUCCGGAUAUGGAAAACCGAAGGCAAACAUCAAGUUCCUCUGGAUCUGGAAAUCGGGUACGUGCCUACUUCGCAUGGUGGGCAGUAUCCCGGUCUGUAUCUCUUCUCGACGAGAGCGAGAAUGAUGCGUCCGGUAAAAUACCUCGCGAAUGGACGUGAUGACCAGAUUGGUUCGUUUGAACAAGUGUAUAUGGAUAUUGCAUGUACACCUGAAGAAAUCGAACCGAAUGUAUCGACGCAUGUGGAACAUUCACCGACAAGCUUCUUGUCUAUCCUAGCAAACCUUACACCGUUCUCUGACUUCAAUCAGAGUCCGCGUAACAUUUAUCAGUGUCAGAUGGGUAAGCAAACCAUGGGUACUCCAGCAACGGCUUUGCAACACCGAACAGACAACAAGUUGUAUCGUCUUCAAACUGGCCAAACACCUCUCGUUCGACCUGCCCUACACAACACCUACGGAAUGGACUCGUUCCCUAAUGGUACCAACGCCAUCGUUGCUGUCAUUUCAUACACCGGUUACGACAUGGAAGACGCCAUGAUCUUGAACAAGUCAGCACACGAACGUGGCUUCGCUUACGGUACUGUCUACAAAUCUCAAACUGUUGAUCUUAAGGACAUCCAGGGUGGACGUUCGACUUCCAAUUUAAAUCUUCAUUUCGGGUUUGGCUAUGAUAUCCGAACUGAAGGUGAGAAGCAGCACUCAUGUUGUGCAUUCUUGGACCUGGACGGACUGCCAUUCGUUGGCACCAAGUUGUCACCGGGUGACCCUGUCGCAGCAUAUGUCGACGACACCAGCGGACGUACGAAGUUUGUCAAGUACAAGGGAGAUGAAAUCGCCUAUGUCGAUACCGUUCGCCUGUUAGGCAGCGAUGCAGGAGAUUCAGAACUACAGAAAGUUCACAUCACUUUGCGGAUCACUCGUGCACCUGUCAUUGGUGACAAGUUUUCUUCACGGCACGGUCAGAAAGGUGUCUGUUCCCAGAAGUGGCCAACGGUUGACAUGCCCUUCACUGAAAGCGGCAUGCAGCCCGAUGUGAUCAUCAAUCCUCACGCUUUCCCCAGUCGUAUGACGAUUGGCAUGUUAGUCGAGAGCAUGGCGGGCAAAGCCGGUGCCAUGCAUGGACUUGCUCAGGACGCCACCCCGUUCCAGUUCACUGAAGAGGAUACCGCGGUUGACUACUUUGGCGACCAAUUGCUUGCUGCUGGGUAUAACUAUUAUGGGCACGAGCCUAUGUACUCGGGCAUCACAGGCCAGGAAUUCGCUGCUGACAUUUACAUCGGUGUUGUCUACUACCAACGUUUGCGACACAUGGUGUUGGACAAGUUCCAGGUCAGAACUACGGGUCCUGUCGAUCCCCUGACACGACAGCCAGUCAAGGGUCGUAAACGUGCCGGAGGUAUCCGAUUCGGUGAGAUGGAGCGUGACGCCUUAAUCGCACAUGGAACGUCUUUCUUGCUACAAGACAGGUUGAUGAACUGUUCAGACUACUCGACUGCGUGGGUGUGUCGCACAUGUGGUAGCUUGAUUUCUUUGGGCUAUGACGAUGUCACCUUGGGAGAACAAUACAUCGGUCCGAACGCUACACCCAAGCCUACAGGUCCCGGUGGUGAAUACUGCAGGGUCUGCCGUGCUGCGGCCGAAGAUGAAUCUUCAAGAGCGAGGAAGGCCUUGGAGACUGGACAGAAUGGUGUCAAGGGUGUCCACAGUGACCUCAAGGUCGCUAUACCCUCGCAACAUGUUCUCGGUCGCUCUUCUAAAGGGGGUGACUUGGACAUCGUUGCUAUCCCAUACGUGUUCCGGUAUCUCUGUGCGGAGUUGGCAGCUAUGGGCAUUGCGAUCUCGCUUGAGGUUCAAUAACUAUACUUAUUCCACUUUCUACCAUUCUUCUCGCGGGUUGUAUUUUGCCAUUCGAUCUGUUCAAGUUCUCGCAUCUUCACUACUCAUCUUCACUACUGUUCCACAUUACUGUAACAUACGCAAGCAUUCUAUUACAGGACCGAUAUCCAACAAAAGUAGAGCAUAUACGUAAAGCCACUGACCAUAUACAUAUAAUGACACGAAAUAGGCGAAUAAGUCAAGAAAUAAACGAGGGAACGCGAGAACGCUGGAAAGUAUGUAGGUGGUAGAUGAAAGAAUGUACUAGGAAGGGGUGCAAAGUAAGAAAAUUAGGUAUAUGUAUGUACGGCUUACGCCUCU